AUGACCACCACCAUGGAGAAAUCUAAAAACUUUCGUAUUGAAGCGAUUCUGGCGCACGACGUGGAGCAGAGGGCGGAGAGUGAUGCUGCGUCUCCGGGGUUGUGUUACAGCAGAAGUCCCGGCGGCAGUCCGGUGUCAAACUGCGGCUCAGAGACUCCCUCCCCUCAUCCCAACCCAACAAACUACCCUCCAGCCCAGCCGGGAGUCCUCUCCAAGUCACAGCUCUUCAGCUUGUCCCAGGCAGGCUUCAGUGCUUUGCACCAGGGGGGUCUGUACGGAAUGCACCCGGGCUCCAUGUAUCCUCUGGCCGUCCUCGGAGGCCAGCACCCCGCCUUCAUGUACCCAGGUUUUACGCAGCUGGUCCAACCGUACCCGGAUCAUCUGAAGGGGGCCAUGGGGACGCACCCUCUGGAGCCCUGGAUCAGAGCCGGGAUGAUGAUACCCAGACUGGGAGAAUAUGGAGUCCCGGGCCAGGCAGGUUUGUUGGGGAAAUGUCGGAGGCCCAGAACAGCUUUCACCAGCCAGCAGCUGCUGGAAUUAGAAAACCAGUUCAAGCUCAACAAAUACCUGUCCAGGCCUAAACGCUUUGAGGUGGCCACUUCACUCAUGCUGACUGAGACUCAGGUUAAAAUCUGGUUCCAGAACAGACGUAUGAAGUGGAAGAGAAGUCGCAAAGCCAAGGACCAAGCAGUGCUACUGACCGACACAGAAAGAGCUGAAACGGAUAUUCACAGCACCAAGCCUCAGAGUGAUUCACACAGCUCGAGCCUGGAGGAUGAAGAGGAGAUAGAAGGGGAUGAGGAGGAUGACAAAGAGGAGAUAGAAGUGCUGAGGGCAGGCUCUUUAGGCUCUGUAGGCUUCAUGAGGUGUCCUGGAGGAGGAACAGCAAACUACAGUUCUUACUCUGAGGAGGAGCUGGAGGAGGGAGGCUCAAGAACAAGAAGUGGGGUUUUCCCAUAG